ACAUUUAGUUGAAUGUUUUUGUUUUGCAUAACCUUUCAAAAGUGAUUAGAUUUUUAACUUCAUCCAUGUAGAUAUUUGUUCUGAAAUUAAUUUAAGUAUUAUUAUCUUGUACAACAUGUCUCUGGCCUCAAAAGUUACAUUGGCGGUUUCCUUUGUCGUUUCCGGUGGAAUUAUUGGUUAUGUUCAUUUAAAACAGACGACUGACAGGGAAAAGCUACACGAGGGUGUAGUGCGGGAUGUGGAAAGGCAACAACGCCGGAAAAUGGAAAACACCUAUACGCUGCAGAAACAAAUUGAUUUGACCAAACAAUUGAAACAAAUGCAAACGCAGGAGGGUGAUGUGAAUACAACAGGCACGUAGGCCCUACGAUAGGAAUAUUUGUUAUUGUUAAUUUAAGAGACAAUUUCUCAUUGUUUAACAUCCUGAAAGGAUGUGAUGUCACUGGCAAUGUUGUAAAUCUGGUUAUCUUAAUAAAAAUCAUAUAAACUAGUAUUUUCAAAAGAUAAA